CUGUGCGGGGUGUACCCGCCGGUGGAAUGCGCGCCCCCGCGGAUCUGACCACCGCCCCUCCCCCCCCGCCUUCACUGCAGUUUGCAUCCGGGCUGCUAAUUUUCCAGCACCGAUGUUCGCGUCCAACAUGUCAAUUGUUUUUCAUAUUUGUUUCCGUUUUUUGACGGGUGAACUUUUUAUUUUGCCAUUUUUAACUAGGAUGGAGCGCGCGCGCGUGUGCCCGGCCCAUGGUUUGUGACGGCCGCGCGCGGACGUGACAAGUUGAGCGUGUGUGCUCGGAACAAGUGCAUCUUUCCAAAUGGGACAACUAUUGUGGAUUAUCCCGACGAUUCUGAAGCAUUUUGGUGUAUUUUAAAGAAGCGAAAAAUCCGUCCAUUUGGGAGCUGUCUUCAACAGUCAGGCCUGCGGUUUCUUUCGAUUGUUUUUAUUUGAAAAAGAAAAUGUUUUUAAAGCGUUGAUUAGUCGGAAUAAAAACGGAAUAUUUGCGCUGGUCGUCCAUGUAGCGCAAGAAAAGGGCGCAGUGUUUGCGGCUCAUCGGGCUUACAUAAGCAGCAGCGUCAUGUACGCAGGACGCAAGAGGAGAAAACCCGUCCAGAGAGCGGUAAAACAAUCGCCCAAUGAGGGGGCAAAGUCCAACCCGUCUAAGCGGCACCGAGAUCGCCUCAAUGGGGAGCUGGAAAGAUUGGCUAGCCUCCUACCAUUUCCCGAGGAGGUCACAGCCAGCUUGGACAAACUGUCCAUCCUGCGACUGAGUGUCAGCUACCUGCGAGCCAAGAACUUCUUCUCUGUCGCACUGACGAACCGGGAGAGAGUCACUCCAGUCACCCUGAAUAAUGUCGACGGAAAAACAGCAGGAACUGUGGAUGCCAAGAUACCUGAAGGAGAACUUUUGCUGCAGGCUCUCAAUGGGUUUGUCCUGGUCAUCACUGCCAGUGGUACCAUCUUCUUCUCCUCUCACACCAUCCAGGAUUACUUGGGCUUCCAUCAGACCGACGUAAUGCACCAGAGUGUAUAUGAGCUGGUCCAUACAGAAGACCAGCAGGAGCUCAGAAGGAACUUACACUGGGCGUUGAAUCCUCCUGCAGCACCAUCAGCCAUCAGCCAGGACUCUCCUCAAGAACUGGAACCGGAUAAUAACUCACCCUUGGUCACAUAUAACCCUGAGCAGCUUCCUCCGGAAAACUCAUCAUUCCUGGAGAGGAGCUUCGUGUGUCGCUUCCGCUGCCUCCUGGACAAUUCCUCUGGUUUCCUAGCGCUGAACUUCCAGGGCAGGCUGAAAUUUCUACACGGACAGAACCAGCGACAAGAAAACGGAGGAAAGGCACCAGCCCAGCUUGCGCUUUUUGCCAUUGCAACUCCUCUACAACCUCCAUCCAUCCUGGAGAUCAGGACCAAGAACAUGAUAUUCAGAACCAAACAUAAGCUGGACUUUACACCGUUGGCUUGUGAUGCAAAGGGGAAGAUAGUGCUGGGGUACACAGAGGCUGAACUGCGAGUACGCGGAUCUGGUUAUCAGUUCAUCCACGCCGCAGAUAUGUUGUACUGUGCAGAAAAUCAUGUCAGAAUGAUGAAGACUGGAGAGAGCGGACUGACUGUGUUUCGGCUGCUCACCAAGGAGAAUCGUUGGAAAUGGGUGCAGGCCAAUGCUCGUCUGGUUUACAAAAAUGGCAAGCCUGACUACAUCAUCGCCACCCAGAGGCCCCUUUUGGAUGAAGAGGGAGGAGAACACCUGCGUAAACGCUCCAUGCAUUUACCCUUUACCUACGCUACAGGCGAGGCCUUGCUUUACCAGUCGAACCAUCCCAUUGCAGGCUUCAGAGAUGGCGUUUCUGAGAAGAACGGUAGUAAGUCAAAGAAGAGCCGGACUGACAGGUUGUUGAGAGAUGGUCUGGACCCGGGCUCACUGCUUGGGGCCCUCAUGAGCCAGGAUGAGUCGGUGUACGUUUGCCAGCCUGCCCUGGAUCCCAAAAUCUCCUUUCACAGCAGCUUCUUUGGAGACCAAAUGGGCUUCUCUGAAUCUAAAACCGGUUUGCACAGAAGCUGGGACAUACUCAGCAAUGGUGAUGUGGAUCAAGGUAUCACAGAACCGGGCACCAGCUUUGACCCACUGCUUGCUACUUUGGACUCCCUCUCACUGGAAGGCCAAGGAGUCGUGGAUUCGGAAGAUGGCGGGUGUUCAAACGGGGAGUUAUUUGGCGCUCUGGAGGGUUUGGGGCUGAGCGCUGAGGAUCUUGAGCUUCUCCUGUUGGAUGAGCGGAUGAUUCGAGUUGAGAUAGACCCAGAGCGUGUGCCCACCUUGGAUGACCUACUAACGAAUGAUGAAAUUCUUUCAUACAUCUACGACUCCAUUGAAGGAAAGACUGAUUCCGCAGACCAGAGAAUACAGUUGCCACCCUGCAAUCCCUCAGUGAGUGCAACAACGGGGUCCGUUUCGGAAAGCACGCUGACCUCUGACACAAAUGUGAAAAUGCAGUUUCCUCACCAUAAGCCUCCCGUGGCCGGGAAGGCUCCCAUCAUCCAGUUGUCGCAGCAGAUGCAAAAGCAUCUCAGCAUGUGCUCAGGCAAAGGGGUACACAACUGGGGCCAUCAGAAUGACCAUUUGGCCAACAUCUUAGUCAACGGAGACCUGAUGGGGCAUGUCAAAGCUGCCCCCAAUGGACAAUGGUCAGCCCAAGACAUUCUCGUGAAUGCAGGUAUACAAUUGGGACACAUAAACUCACAACAAACUGUUUUCAAUGGCAAAGCAUCAGAACGAGACGGGGAACUGGAGCAACAGCAUGAAACCUACCUUCAGCAGCAGCAGCAGCAGCAGUCCCUGAUCCAGAACCAGCUCUCGCAGCAGUGCCACGACAAACAGAAAGCCGCCAAUCUAAACGGACUGUGUACCAACCCCAGCUCAGAGCACUCAGCAGUAAAAUCACAGUGGCAGGACUUUGGCUUCGGAGAGAGACUGGAUCCGUGCCUCAAUAACAGCCAAAAAACUCUUGCGGAAACAUCGUUAGAUUCCUGCAUGGAUUACAGCAUCCCCAACAUUGACAAUUCGGAUUAUUCUCUUAACGGAGGUGGGUUGUUCAGGAGCAGCGGGAUUCAGCACAGGGCUGAGUCCACAGUUUCAUCAUUCCAGGGGAUUACCCAGAAACUGCAGCAGGAGCCGAUCCCAGUUCCUUUAGCUCAGGUCAUCUCCAGCCUGUCCCAGGGUCCGCCUCCGAAUGCCUCGCUGGAACAAAUCCUGGCGGUUGGCAAACCUUGUCAGCAGGUGGAUCAUUACAGCAUGGUGGCCUCGGACUUGCCUCGUGAACCCAAUCACGGCAAGGUGGAGAAUGGCCACAUCCUGAUGACAACAUCAUACCCAGCAGCAAUGACCAAUGGGAAUGGCACAACGCCCCCUGCUGUCCAGAUACCCUGCCAGGAGACUCUGCCUGGCCUCCCUGAUCCACCAGCCACUGGCUUCUACCUCUGACCAGUUGGCCCUGUGCACCGCAAAUGGCCAGAGACAUGAACACACACACACACACACACACACAGAAUGGACCAGCCUUAUAACACAGAGAUAAGACAAUGAACAAAACGAAUAAAUGCUGAUGCUGUCCUUUUUUUUUUAUUUAAAUUUUGGCCAAGGGGGUUCAGCGAUCAUUGUAUUAUUUUUCAAGUCAUACUAUCAUAAGAGUCCUUUGUUUACAAUAAUGCAGUUAGAGAGUUAUGUGAAUGAAUCCAGGUGUGACAGAUGAUUCAGGGUUUUCUUUUGGAGAAGGAGUCGCAGAUGAACAAACAGGUUUGGAGUCGGUGUAUUUGUCUGCGCUUCAUGAAUGUACAGAAACACUCUAGCGGAAAAAGGGAGGGAGGCUUUAGCACUAAAUGCAACUUUUACUUCAUCCAUAUUUCCAUCAAACAAAUCUGCGGUCCUUCCUGUUGAUGACGUACGUUCACCCGUCAGUUCCUUAGAUACACCUGGACAAUCAAAUCCAAUAUAAAAGCUUUUUUUCCGAUGAUGCUCAGUUAUGAUUGAUGUGAUUGCAGUCAGGUUUUGGCUCGUUACUUAAGUCACUCUGUAAAAUUUGGAGAGGAUCGGACCAUGUUUUGCGGGAGGAUGUGGGUGUCACUAAAUAGUAAUACGUUUGUACUACUUGGGGCACCACUUGAUUUAAUGUAAACGUUCACUCAAGUCCAGUCCCUCCCAACAUAGAAUAAAAAUGUUGCCAGAGUAGAAUGGCCACUUUAUAGGGUGCAGACCACCGCCAAAGUUGAACUGAUCUAAUUGGAUUUUAUUUGUAUACCUGCAUAGAUAUGUCAGAAAAUGCACCUCUGUACCAUAACUGAAUCGGUUAUUGCUUGCUUGUCUUUGCGACACCCCACAUCCCCACGGCAAAGAUUUAUGGCAGUUGUUGAAAUCAUUGGCAUAAUCCAGACAAUAAACAAAGAAAACAUCAUUUUAGCGGAGUUAACACUUGAGCAUGUUUCUAUUUAAGAAGGCAGACUUUUCUAUAGCAUGUGCGGGUGUACCUAAUGAAUUGUCCCAGGGUGAGCAUCAUUUGGUUAUUUGCUUCACUUUCCGUCUCGAUGCUCCAAAAUCAAACAAACAAUUUUUUUUUAAAAAGCACAAAA